GCCCCGCGGGCAGGCACGGCUCGGCGCGGCUCGGCGCGGCGGGUGCAAAGUCGCGGCGCUGCGGGCGUGUGAGCGGCGAGCGGGAGCGAGGCGGGCAAGGGGAGCGGCGGAGGCAGCGGGGGGGGCAGAGCCGAGCCGAGCCGAGCCGCGCCGCCGCACGCUUUGGCCGCUGCACGGGAGAGCGGGGCCGGAGGCUGCAUGUGCACAGAGCCGCCCGCGGAUCUGCAGGGACCGCUCGCAGCAUCCCACGGCUUCGACCGAGAGCAGCGACGAGACAGCGACCGCCGCCAGCCAUGGAUGAAGGAAUCCCCCGCCUGCCCGAGCGGCAGCUCCUGGAGCACAGGGAUUUUCUGGGGCUGGACUAUCCGUCCCUGUACAUGUGCAAGCCCAAAAGAGGCGUGAAGAGGGACGAGAGCAAGGAGACGUACAAACUGCCGCACAGGCUGAUAGAGAAGAAGAGGCGAGACAGAAUUAACGAGUGCAUUGCCCAGCUGAAGGACCUGCUGCCCGAGCAUCUGAAGCUGACGACGCUGGGACACCUGGAGAAAGCGGUGGUGCUGGAGCUGACUUUGAAACACCUGAAGGCGCUGACGGCCUUGACGGAGCAGCAGCACCAGAAGAUCGUCGCCUUGCAGAGCGGGGAGCGGUCCAUGAAGUCUCCCGUGCAGGCCGACCUGGACGCUUUCCACUCGGGCUUCCAGACGUGUGCCAAGGAAGUGCUGCAGUACCUCUCCCGCUUCGAGAGCUGGACCCCCCGCGAGCAGCGAUGCGCGCAGCUCCUCGGCCACCUACACUCCAUCUCCUCGCAGUUCCUCGCCGGCCCCCAGCUCCUGUCCCCGCCGCCGGGCCCCCUCACCAAGGGAUCCUCCUCCUCCUCCUCUUCCUCCCCGCCCGCCCCCCCCUGCCACAAGCCGGAGGGCCAGGCUAACUGCGUGCCCGUCAUCCAGCGGACUCACGCCGCCGAGCUCAGCGCCGAGACCGACACGGACACGGACAGCGGCUACGGCGGCGAGGCCGAGGGGCGCUGCGAGCGGGGCCAAGCCCCGGCUGCGGGGGCGCCGGGGGCGCUGCCCGGCCUGGCCAUCAAGCAGGAGCCGUCGGGGGACGAGGCGCCCCCCGCGCCCAAGCGCCUCAAGCCGGACCGCGGUGGCAGCCCCCUGCCCGCCCCGCCGGGGCUGGCGGCGAGGGGCGCCGAGGCUGCGGCGGCGGCGGCGCUAGUGAGACCCGAGGCCGCGCUGCUGGGCUCGCUGAUGGCCCUGGGGGCAGGCGGCGGCGGGGGGGGGCCCUUCGGACAGCCGGCCGCCCCCUUCUGCCUGCCCUUCUACUUCAUAUCGCCCUCUGCCGCCGCCGCCUACGUGCAGCCCUUCCUGGAUAAAGGCAGCCUGGAGAAGUAUCUCUACCCCGCCGCCCCCAUCCCGCUCCUCUACCCCGGCAUCCCGGCGCAGGCGGCCGCCGCCGCCGCCGCAGCCGCCGCCUCCUUCCCCUGCCUCUCGUCUGUGCUCGGCCCCGCCGAGAAGGCGGCGGCCGCCGCCGGGCUGUCCCCGGCGCCCCACCUCCCGCACCCCUUCGUCGCCGCCGAGCCCGCAGACAAGCCCGAGCCCGCCGCCGCCGAGGGGCCCUGAGCCGCCGCCGCCGCGCGGGGACCCGCGGCCCCGGGGACUGGAGGGCGGGGGGCGGCUGCGAGGGGUCGCCGGGGCCGGGCCGGGCCGGGCCGCGGGAGGCGGAUGCGGGAGCGGGGAGCACGGCCAGGGAGCGGGGAAUCGGCCGCCCCCCCACUUCCCGGGAGCCCUCGGUCCCCGCAGCAGACCGCCGAGGAUAAAAUUUGCUACUCAGUAUUUUUGUAAUGUUUGGCUUUAUAAAUGCGUAAAUAUGUUAAGGAGGAAAACAACAAACAACAACAAAAAACACAACACACACAAAAGAGGAAAAAGAAGAAGGAAAGAAAGAAGAAUAGUAAGGAUACUCUUCUCUCUCUCUCUCUCUCUCUCUCUAAGGUAACUUAAAUGUUGCACCUUAUCGUGAGUGGGUUUGUACAGUGUCCCUGGGUCCCACUGAGGAACUUGCACUUGGCCGGGAGACCUGGGGGGGCUCAGGGUGAGGGUGGAGGGGCGGCGAGGCGAGGGAAGGAAAGGGAGACCCUGGCGCCUGUGGUAGCACUUUAUCGGGGAGCGGCCCGUGGUUGGAUGAACCCUGAGCCCCAACCUGCAGUGCCUUGAGCACCCGGGGAUGCCACGAGGUUUUGGCUCCAGCGAGUUGUGGGUGUGCAAGGGAAGGAGGGUCAGACCAAUUAUGUAACCUUGUGUUUACUUUUUUUUUUUUUUUUUUGGCUAAGGUAUACAGGUGUGGCAAGUGUGUUUGUUCUCACCCCGUCUUUAUUUAAUUAUGUUCCUGAGAGAUUUUUCCCCCUAACCUUGCUGUAUAAAAUGAAUGUUUCUGCACUGAACUACGAAAAGAAACCCCCCCGUUCACUGCCCCCUGAGAAAACACAGAGCAAUUCAUCAGCCUGAACGCGUUUUAUCCUAAAUUGUGAAUGGCACAAACUGGAGGCCCUAGGUAAACCCCUCACUUUGCAUUCAGAGGUGAUCAGCCCAUGGGGGGCAAGUUUCUUGUAUGGGUUGUCUCCUCAUCCCAUUCUCAAAUGUCGCUAUUUCCCUUUCUGGAGACAAACCAGAUGCCAGAUAAUCACACAGAUAAAGCUUUUAUAAUAAGGCUUAAACCAAGACCUUGCCUAGAUAUUUUUAGUUUGUUGCCAAGGUAGCACUGUGAGACAUCUCACUUGAAUGUUAUGUAAGAGGUGAGACACAACAGUCUGACUCGGAGUGAAUAAGUAUCCUGGGUCUGUUAGUCAGUUUGGUGCAUUUGCUGCUGCUGUUGCUACUGUUUGCCUCAAACGCUGUGUUUAAACAACGUUAAAAAAAGUCUUACUAGCCUACAGAGUGGCUGUAUGUAAAUAGUUGUUAAUACAUCCAAUUAAUGAUGUCUGACAUGCUAUUUUUGUAGGGAGAAAAUAUGUGUUAAUGAUAUUUUGAGUUAAAUAUCUUUUGGGAGGAUUUGCUGAAAAAGUUGCACUUUUGUUACGAUGCUUAUGCUUGAUACAAGCUUAUGCUGUCUUAAAUUAUUAAAAAAAAUAAAUCUUGUCUGCAAGAAACCAGCUGUUUUAGAACAGUUUAGUAUGUGAUAUAUUAGAAAUCAAUCUUUAUAUUCAGUAUUUUCCAGCACUCCAUGAAUUCUAUUAUCUAAAUAUUUCCACACUAUUUUGUGAUUUAAAAAAAAAAUUCUUACUAAGGAAUAAAAACUUUAAUACACAAAAUGGGGUUGUCUACUAAUUAAAAAUCUCAUGAUAAUACCUAAUAGUGGGCGCACUGAGCUUCAAAACGCAUCAUUGUGUGGCUUAUGAUAAUCAUUUACUGCCUCUUCACAUUUUUAAGCUGGGUUUCAAUUUGCUUGGCUUCUUUUAACUCACUUCAGCAAACUCUCAGAUUCGCACGUUUCACUAAGCAACAUAUAAAUCAUGCACGUGGAACACGUAUUUCUUCCUGAUGUUUACUUUCUUUCCCUCUUGCAAAAUAUUGUGUCUUUUAAAAUUAAUAUUUUACACUUCUGGUGCUGUGUGUAAACUUUGUUUACCAAGAGCAAACGUUACAAUUCACGUGACAAUCUAAUGGCACGAGCAUCAUGAACUCUGGAGGAAUGAUGCACGUUCCUGCUUGGAAAUCGCCUAGGAAAACUGAACAUUUGGGUUGGGGGAGUUGGAGAGCAGGAGGGGGAAUAGAGUGGUGGAAACAGGCAGGUAAUUCAUAGUGUGGAAAUGCAGCACUCCAAAGACUUACACAGAUUUGAUAUCUGAGCCGCUGAUCACAUUCUUUCAAAAAUUCUUCCUGUUCCAGGGAAAUAAAAUUAAGAAAACCCUCAAACGGUAGCCAAUGUUUAUGUAAGAGAGAAAUAUAAAGGAAGUGUUUCGCGCUCCCUCUACUGGUUCUUCAACACCAACGACUCUGUACUCACGGCCAUGCUGACAAUGAAUGAAGUUGGAGCACAAAUGUCACAGAAAACUCCAAAACUCAUCCUGAUUCCAGCAGUCCUCUGAAAUGCAGGAGAAAAUAUGACCGGGGUGAAAAAUAAGCUCUCUUUUCUAAACCAUUCAAACGGGAUUGUUAAGAAACAGGUAUAUGCCUUUUUGUGUAGAAACUAUAAUGAAAUUAAUUCCUACUAGAAAAAGAUAUAGAAAGGCUCUCUGCAGAUGUCCGUUUUCCAUCAAGUGGUGGCAACAGGCCGAAGGCUGCUGCGAUACAUCCCUACAGCUGUUGAAGUCAGCUAUUUGUGGGCUGAACUCAAAGGUUAUCAAAGGUAAUGUAAUGGAAAAAACCUGCCGCUGAACACAGUUGUCUUUGGAUCCUGCUCUGUGCCCUGGAUUAUCACAGGAGUGAACGUGAACAAGGUGCAGCUCUUCAACUCCAUAACUCACCAACUACAUUACUCUGACCUGCAUACUUAAACAGCUUAACUCUUGUUACUUUACGCAGGGAUGAAUGCGCUUACAUGCUCCGACUCCUCGCAGCAGAGAGGGAAUCGGCCUUACCGAGUAUGAGGCCCUUCCUGCCAUUUUAUUAUACGCACAGAAAGGGUGGAGCCACCAGCACCUCUGGAAAAAAAAAAGAAAAAAAAAAAGCAACAAGAAACCUGUACCCUUCAUGAACAACUUGGGAAGAAAUAAAAAAAAAAAAAAAAGGAUGUACCCCUCAUGAACAACUUGGGUGGUUUGAAACCUGGAUGCAGACCAGGCUGUAUGUCUUUUUCAUAUUUCCAGCCUUCGGGAAUAUGAAUCAGUUUAGAUUUCAUUGGGCUAUAAACCAAGAUCCUUAUAGGGUUUUACCAGUUUCAGUAUUUACCAUGUACAAUAACAGGAAGGCUUAUUUUUAUUAGCCCUAGAAUCAAGCAUGCCAAAUGACUUCACGCCAAGUUACAGUGUCAAUAGUGUCUAUUAAAUUUUAUUACAUAAAACAUAAAGACAAAUAUGUGUUCAGAUAAUACCAAUGCCCAACAAAAGCAAACAGGUUUAAAAAAAAGGGGGGGGGUUGUAAUUGAGACUGAUAAUCCACAGCUGCUGGAGGCAAAAGGCAAAUGACAGGAGGGACCCUAAAAGUCAGCUUCAAUUAUUCAAUUCCAGGCUUCCUCAGAUCCCUUUGGAGCCUAAGUCAAACUGUACAUUUCACAUUUUCUCAGAGUUAAAAAACAAAACAACAAUGAAAUUAAAAAAAAAAAAAACAAAAAAAAAAACAGACAACAGCCUGACAGGCUUUAAUAUACAUUCACUUCUGUGCAAAUAUCAAUGCUUGUUAUUUCCUACACACUUUCUGUAACUCUACCAUAUAUGGAGCAACUCUCAACUGUGCUUCCCGAGUGCAGGACUGGGUGCUGCAUUUAUUGCAUACACUUGGGUACAUGAUGUAUUAUUUUUCAUAAGCCACGAGAUAAAGGCUGUAAGCUGGUAAAUGUAUUUUCUUAAGCAAUAAACUUUGAAAACAGCUCUUAUUUAUCCAGUACAUUAUAGUGGCAUGAAAGGUUCCAUUAUAGUGUGUUAAACAAACACAGUUGAGAUUGUUAAGCCAAUAGAAGGUAGUAUCAUGCAACUCCCACUAAAGGCAAUGAAAGUUUUAUUUGGAAAGAUGACAGUUAUGGAACUCAAAUUGACUAUCAGCUCUGUUUAAGAAAGGCCUGACCUACCAAUUAAGUCAAUGUGAGUCCUUUUCUCAAGUGUAAUGGGCUUUGGAGUAGGUCCUAAGUCUCUGUUUUGGGGCUUGUUUGUUUAAUUUUCACUUCUAGUCAGGGCAGACUGAAUGGCUUCAACAUCCAGCAAGCCUGGGGACUGUGUGCACUGCAUUUCAGCACUGGUAAAUUUAUAGUCUGUGGGUCUCACAAUGUAUUUCCUUUCCUCCUUGAACAUCAGCUCCUGGAGUCACAUGAUCUUUGCCUUCAUUUGAGAAGUUUCCUGCCUGCUACUUGCAGAAAUGAACUUGAAAGCAUGACCUUAAAGAAAGCAAGUAACAAAAACACCAUGUUUUUUUCUCCACAGAAAAACACUUGGCUUUUUUAGAGCCAUCUUCACUCAAAAAAGCCUUAAUCUCUAUUUACUGUCUCUGCUCAUGGUGCAGUCUCUGUAGCUUGCUGCAAAACAGCCCAGAGAAGCCAGGGGCUUCACCUGCCACUAGCAGCAGCCGUGCAAGUCCUGGACAUGUGUGGGCCAGAGAGAACUGCCGCUGUCACCUCACUCUCUGCACCCUUUCCGUGGCUACAGGUCUCCAGGGCUGUCAAUCUGUCAGGAACACUAAACUCACCGCAGCCUCAAUUACGGCUAUGCUGCAGGCUGCACGGAGCUGCCCUGCCCUGGGUCAAGUGGCGGAGUCCGUUCUGCCUCACUGCACUCACGGGGCACCCAGCAGCACCGCACCUGCUGCUGCUGCCCUUUCCUGGGCCGCAAGCGUGCCUCCUCCUACAUGGAACUUGUGCUGUGCCCCACAGGAGGCAGGUGACACCUGGCACGGGCGAGAAGACAUGCCCUUGUGCCUCCCAGAAAGCAGGCACUGUGAUUUCAGGCUGCUCUCCAGGGCCAAGGGGCUGGGGACAGCUCUUUCUCCAGCAUCCACAGAGGCCUGCCUUUUUAUUUAUUUGCUUGUUAAUUUAUUUAUUUUUAUUAUGUAUUUUUAAAGCUCAGCUUCCCUGUCCCUGUUUAUCCUGGUUUAGUCUAAAAGCAGGUGCACAGGUUAUCACUUGCCUCUACAGAUUUUUGACUUCAGCCAAGAUCUAGGAUCAAAUUAGAAACGCAGACUUGCUCAUUAUUAGAAACACAUCCACAUUCCUUUCCCCCUCGCAGUUUAUCACAGCAAGGUGCUUGAUCUAACAGAAGCUGCACAACACAGACUAGCACAAAUCUUGGAUGAGUGCUUUGGGAACUGGUCCCCUCAAUCCUCCAGUAUCAUCAGUUCCCUGAGUACAGACAUCUGCUGGGUAGUGCUGUCUGCGUGAUCGUAUGAUUGCAGCCCAGCAGCCAGUAAAGGGAAGCAUCUCCUAGCUGUCUGCUUGUCUUUCUCUCAAAGCUCAAAGGUGAGGCUAGCUCUCGCUCCAAAAUACUUCUAUCCAGAGCAAAACCUGGAGAACCAGUUACCAAAAAAGAAACCCUUGUGGUCACAUUACUCUCACAACUGAGCAAUUUCUAAAGAACGACCUUAGAGCUAUGUAAAUACGGCACCCUCUUACUCAGCAGAAAAUUGGCUCCCCAAGUGCGUUUGGAGUCAUAUCUGCACUACAGAGCCAACUGAUCUGACAGAUGCUGAAGCGGAUUCUAUUCUCACCACACUCUAUCAACAAAAUUGCUAAGGCUCCAGCCCUGCUGUUAGCUGACGGCAGGCAAGCACCAAGCUUAGCUUACACAUAACAUUGUUUGCAAAUAAGUGAAUCUACACAGGAACAGCAGUCAGUCUAGUUAUGGCAUUAGGGGCUUCACACUUGGUGACAGCUUACUGCAGUGACUCGAAGGCCCGCUGUCCCGGACCAGCGGCCAUCUCCAUGCAUACUGUUAGUGUUAGUAUCACCCCCGAUCAGUAUUUCCCUGGUAGAGAUCAGCGCUGCCAGCACAGCCCGUAGUACUGGACCCCAGCUUCUAGCUGCAGGACCAACUUUUCCCCUUGGCUGGAAUAUAAGCAUCUCCGUCAAAAACAAACAGGAACGACCCCAGGCCACCGAGGACAGCCUCUCUAACAAUAAGAGAGCCCAAGACGCACAAAAAGCGCUUUCACUGGCAGCGAGAUCUCCAAACGCGUUUGCAAGACCAGCAGCCAGGGAAACAGAAAGUCUUUAGUAUUUUUUUUCAUUUAUGUUCAAGUCGAACUCGUCUGUUCCUCAAGCGACAGUGCGGCUGAUGAAAAGCCCCUCGCAGGGCGGGAUCCAGGGGCGCCGCCUCACACGAAUGACGAUGCCCCGGUCCAUGUCCCCCCGCACCCGCCACCGCCUCACACCCGCCGCAGCCCGGGGCGCGCGCCUACGCGAACGCCGCGCACGCUGCCCGGCACGUGCGGGCGGGGCCGCGCGGGGGGCGAGGCCACGGCGGUUCCUCUGACAACGGCGCCCGUUGGGGCCGUUAGGCGGCGCCGGGCGUGCCCUCAGUUAUCAUGGCGGCGGUGGCGACGCCCCCCGCCCCUCUUUUAUGAGCUGAGGCGCUAAUAAACUAAUCAGGGAACAGUUUGGGCAGAGGCCAUUUUUCAAGUAAUAAUGUUGUUACGGUGAAGGUCUAUGGAUAUAAGCAAAGUCUGUAGGGGAAGGCAAGAGGUUUUAUUAGCACAGCUGAUGCAACUGUAAAACAAACAACAACGACAGAACAGACUGGCUUUCAGGCACACCAGCCUUUCUUUGGCUUCACAAAACGACUUGAGCACCAGCAGUGCUUAAUCCCCAAGCAGCAUCUGCUACACGUGUUGGAUACCUGAACUUUUUAUUAGGUGCUGCUAGCCUUCCCUACCAUACCUGUUGCAUAUGCAGUUCUUCCAUUUACGUCUAUUUCUGAGGUGUACCUCAGAACGCUGGAGGUCUUUGGCACCCUCUGGACCCUUCUGCUGCACUGUGAGCAGGGAACACACUAGUACAGCCUCAGCAGCUCUCCUGGUUUGCUUUCUGCUGCAGCCAAGGGGCUUUGAUCAGACAUCAGUCCUGGUCACAGCAUAAUCCUGCUGCUGUUCACACGGCAUAGCCCAGAGGCAGGAGCUGCCUGGGUCUGCAUGAGAGCCUGGGACAGAAUUCACUGCAGCCAAUGGGACCAGAAGAGAGCAGUACAAACCAGUUAAUAGGACACAUCUGUGCCCCUGCCCUCUCUGGGCCUCUGACGAGUAUCACUGCCCCCUAGUCAGAACUCAGCCCCAAAGCCUUUCACGGAGGUAGAUGCACAAAUCAGCAUGUUUUCAGCAGCUGAAAGAGAUACACUCCUUUACUUCAAAGCUGUCAGCAGUGGCAGCACUCACCAGGUGGCAGGGAGGCUGUGCUGGAGGCACCUGUAGGACAACACAAUAAUUAGAAGAUAAUGCAGUCACCUGAGAGGAGAAACCUAGAUUCCUGCCCUGUUUGUGCAUUUUACAUUACAAACCCAGAGGAAACAAACAAAUAAUGGAUGUUUACAGGAGCUGGGGUAGGAACUGGCACUCCGGUUUCCUCUUAGCCCAGAUUUAAUACCCUAAUCAAUAGGCUAAAGCUAUUUCUCAGUACAUGUCUGCUUAAUUAUUCAGUGCAAACAAGGACAAGAUACACAAGAGAGAUGAAAUGCACUUGUCUGAGAACUGCUUUGAACCAGGGCCUUCCCCCAGGAUGUGGGAUACGCAAGGACGAACCUCCUUGGAGGAAGAACAUUCUGUCCAAGUCACCUACUGAGGAGAGAAAUGUUAUAGUUCCCAAACUUUUAUUUAAAUGCAAGGCUAUGCCUCUUCCAGCUGCAGCUUUUUGAGAGAAGAAUGGUGCCCUCUGUUGUUCUAGAGAGAAGCUGCUAUGAUUUAGGGGACUGAAAGCAUGAAUGUGUUUGCUUUUUCCAGUUCUACAGAAUCUUACAGAUGCUCUUUUUUUGGAAUACACACAGUUUGCUGGGUCUGAAAACUAAAUGCACUAUACUCAAGACUUCAGUUUCCAGAGUGAAGUCAGGAAGGAGGCAUCUGUAGAGGAGAAUGUACCAAUACAAUGAGUAGGGAAAACCUGUUUAAUAUCAGGCUGCUUAAAAAGUAGAAAAUACAUGUGGAAUAGACAAGAACUGCUUAUUACAAGUGGUACACAGGCAACUAAAGAAGAUGGGAAUAUGUGUGGGCAAGGAUCAGAGUGAAAGCUGCCUGUGCAUCCUUCAACACCUGGGAGAGAAGUUACCAUCGUCUAACAAGCUGCUGUCAUCAGACGAUGUUUGUGGGCACUCCUAGUCCAUCUGUAAAGAAAAAUGCAUGUGUAAACAUGGAUUGUUUGUGUUCCGGGCACAACACUGGGAAGGUGUAUGUUUGGACUGCAAUUUGUUCUACAGAACUGAGAAAUAAGAAAGUGAAGAUCUACCACCCGUCUACCUGUGAAACAUGAAGCAGCUAUACAAAAUGCCUAACACAGCUGGUCGGGGGGGCAAAUUCCAGUGCUGUAAAUUGCAAUGUAAGUACAGUUAUUUUGAAUGACCUUCGAGAGUAAUCUGUAUACCAUGCCCCAGGAGCCAUCUAUAGGAUGCAGGCUCCCGUCAGGGUCCUGUCAGGCCUCGAAGGCAUUUCCAAGAGUCUAACUGUUUCCUGCAAUUGCUGAGCAUGCUGAGUCUGCAAUAACUGUUUUAGAAAUACGUUGUAAUGUCAUGGGUUUGCCUGGGUUUAGUAACUCCAUGGCCAUACAUUCAAAGAGGUAGAGGGCAAUUCAUCUGUCCAUCAAAGUCAGUGACAAGGUACUGCAUGUCACUUACUUGUGUUGUACUCGGAGAUCAUCUGUAUCUUUUUCCUGGAACAAAGCUGCCUGGACUGGAGCAGUGUGCUGGUGGCUGAGGGCUACCCUAGCCUUUUCCCUAGUGGGUACAGUCACAUCGUUUACAUUUGUACAGGCCUGUAAAGGGGGGAUCUCUUCCAUUUCCAUGGAUGUUACCUGUGAGUCCAUGUGACAAUGCCAUCAAGAUGGAUGCUGCCUCUUUUGACUGAAGGCAUCACUGCAUUGUGAGUCUUGAGUUUCUGGCUGGGACAGAAGGAGCAAAGGAACAGAAAGACAGGUCAGAACCACUGCCCCAUCACUUGUCACAACUGCACGCUGAGAACAGGAAACCUUUUUUUGCUUUUGACCAGUCCCUGUUACCAAUACCAUGAAGCAGGUGCAACUGUGAUUCAGCCAUGCAAUUAAGAACUGCAGCAGGAACAGCCCUGUGAAAUGCUCAUUUUUUUGGACGUGUAGUUUCAAACCACUGUAGAUCCUGGGGUGUCUUGAAAUCAAAAUAUAGUUAUGCAUAGUUGCUGCUUCUGUUACAGGAACAAAAUACAUGGGUAGUUACAAUUUGCUCUUUUUGGAUUUGCUGCAUGGCUUUCCUACCAAAGUAGGCAACUUGUGUAUGCAAGAGAAAGCAGUUAGCUAGGUACAGUUACCUGAAAAAGUAGAAAUCAGUCAAAUUUUUAUCCCCAGUUGCAGCUGGCCCAGAAUUGCAUCACCCAGAUGGAGUUCCUUUUACUAAUACCCUUCAGUUACAUUUUCACCUUCUGGUUUUAAUCAGACAUGGAAGCCAUGAAAUGCAGCGCACCCAUCUGCUGUGCAUCAGAGAGUGUAUGCAUUUCUUAUAUGAGCUAAAAGGAGACAGAACAAUGACAGGAAGUUUUCCCUUGCUCUUAGUUCAGGCUCUAAGAAUAUUUUACCUCUUGAAGCUGAAAAACUGGUGGAGGCAACUGGAGUCUUGAUGAUCUGCGCUACAAGAAAACACAAACCUGAUACUUUAUAACAAAAUAGUUUCACCUCCCUGGGCCUUAAUUUCCCAAUCUGACAAGAGCAAUAAUGGUGUCUAGUGACUUGACUACAUAUACAUGUAUGUGUAUGCUCAUAUAUAACAGACUCUUUCUUGGGACUUCUAGGCUGUGUUCCAACAGCAAAUGAAGAGGCGUCAAACACGUAGUUUCACUAGGUACUUACACUCACACUUCUCAGGCUACGGGGCCAUUGUGCAUUUGCUCACAGCACGUGAAGUAUGUGGUUGUCUGCGUUAUUGCAUGCCUGGGAUGGACCAAGUCCAUUUUUCUAUCAAAGGAGAGAUGUUCAUAGAAGGAGGUGCUUCCAGCUGUACACUUCCUGAGGUGACUGUGGACAAAGGUAGCAGCAAGAACUUACUGAGCAGGAUAUGAGAUAAGGUGCCGUGGGGCUGAUUACUCGUUGCUUUGUCAAACGCCUGUGGCUCACUAACUAUAACGUAAGUGGAUCAGAUGGCAAUGCCUUAAAAUGAUCUUUAAUCUCAGAACUAAGCAGAAGGGUUAAGUCUUUGUGCUGAGCCUCAUUGAAGGUUGCUCAUUCUUUACAGGUCUCCAGAGUAAGGGCAGCUUGAUGGCUUGUUGAAGAUUUUUGGGGGAAGUGCUUUCAGAAAACAUAUCAGAGUCAAAAAACAACCCCCAAAAAGGCAGCCUUCUUGUAUGAUUUAACUCUUGUGCACUUUCUCUCUUCAGCCACUAUAAUACCAAAGGGCACUUAGGUUUCUCCAGACAAUCAUGAAAUGGCAGCCUGUCACAGGGGAUUACUAGUUGCUUGUAUGUUCCUAGAAUAUCAGCAGGCCUGUGGAAAUACUGGAAAUUUUAGGACCAGCGAGCAAAUCUCCGCCUGCUCAGUCAAUCAUUUCUAUUGACUAGCUACAACACACGCCCAAGUAGUACUUGGGAAAGGAGUCAGGCUGCCUCUUGUAAUAGCAUUGUUUUGGAAGAAGAAUUGGUUGAACUAAAGUUGAAAUAAGAGUGGUUUCUUUUUUUUUUUUUUAAUUCCUUUACUUGCCUUUCCUUUGUAUCCCUUUAGAAAAAAAAAUUAAAGCUAAACAAGAAUUCACCUUCAGAGACCCCCAGCUUCCCUCAUCAUGUCUGCAUCUUGCUCUUACUCUAAAGUAAAACCAACUCAGAGUGACUUUUUGUCAUCCUCUGGGUACGAUGAAAAAAUAUACUUUAUUGCAAUAGUAUUGAGAUGGCACAGACACGAUCAGGACCACACUGGGCUAAGUACUGUUUGCCAAACAAAUAGGAAACAAGACACCAUUCCCCACAGGGCCUGCAGUAUAUAUAGACAAAGUCAAAGGGGAUGAAGCAGUAUUAUCUCAAGCUUACAGCUGGGGGACUCCACUCCAGAGGGAUUAUAGUAGCUCGCCCAAGGUCACACACAGAAAAUCUGUGGCAGAGCUGUAAAGCGAAACAAGAGCUUCCCAGUCCCAGGCACAAUAUAAUUUCUGAAACUGAAUGCUUCAGCCCACGUCUGUACAGAAGGUUUCAGAAGGGCCUGAGCUCGCCUCACAGAGACUGUGAGAACUGCAUCAGCUACACGCAUGCUGCGACGUGGACAGCUCUUUAUAAGUAUUAUUGUGUCCUUCCUGUAAGAAUGCAUUUAAAGAUGGCAUGUUGUGUAUUUUAUGAUUCCCUAUUGUGUGCUGUAUGCCCAGAAAAGCUGCUUUUCAACGUGGCUUUGCGACUGUGCUGUUCGAGGCAUGUCAGCAUGUGCUGCUGCCCUCUCGCGUAGACCUUGUUGUAAUUGCAGUGAUCUGACAGAGUCAAAGGGGGCAAUACUAUCUGGUGCCCUGCAUCUCGUGUAGCCUUUCACACCAACACACAGCUAACAGACAUUGUUACCUUUCUCGUUUAGCUGUGUCAGUGUCUCAUCCAUGCUGGUUUUGUUCAUGAGACAAGCUACAUGACAAUGGAGAAUCCAGGUCAUAGUCUUGGUAACCAUGAUGCAGAUCGGCUAGGUCAAGAUAACAGUUAAGACGUUACAGCAACAAAGCAUAGUAAAAGGUCAGCCAGUGUUCUUGGGUUUCUCAUCAGCUUUCCAGAAGGGCACUUCUACCUCAUUGAUCAAAGUUCACCUCAGGUUGAUUCCGACUGCUAAAGUCAAAUAAUCUUUUCUCACACAUAACAUUUAAUCAAAAGGAGGUUGGUACACCUGAUAAAAAGGGUAUAUCGUUGCAGGUUGUGACAGGUAUAAAUUUAUGAGAAGCUUCAUGGGCAGUAACAAAAACAUUCCAGUUAUUCCCCAUUUAAAGGCUGGCCUGCGUUUUAUUUUAGCAACUGUCACGGCCUCUAAAGCUGGAUGAUACCCUUCACUUUCUAUCACAAAGGUAGUGAAAGGGGCUGCAGGGCAAGUAAUUGGGUUACAGCUGUUGGUGCACAUCUACCCCUCCCUCCUUUUCUGUUUACCAGAAGCCUUCUUUUUUAAAAUACCUAGUCAGCUAAUUAUUGGCAAAAGGUUUUUUGUUUGUUUUUAAGCAGACCUUUCAUAAGCCCAGCUGGAACUGUUCUGAAGAUUUUUCUUCAAACUUGUGUUCAUUAAAAAGAAACUUUUAUUCCAUCCACCUUGAUCCAGGAUUGAAUAUUAGCAAUUUUAGGUUGCAUUUUCACACUAGACCUCCCAAUUACUGUCUUCUUUUUUCCUGCUGCAGAGGGGUAAAGCAACACAAAGUGCAUAGCUGAAUCAACAAACACAAAAUAGCACAUAUAAAAACAUGCACAGAAGGGGGAAAACAUAGCUGGAACUAGCAUCAAUUCAUAGCUGGAACAUAGCAUCAAUUCCAUAUUUUGCAGUAACAGCUUAAAUGAAAGCAUGCUAUUGGGGAACAAGCCAUUACGUAUGCAACUAAUAACGUGAUUAAAUGAUGAGACGUGGGUGUGCGAUAUAGCUUAUAACUGUUACAGGCCAAAUACCAUUCAUCUGUGUGUUACUGUUCAGGAAUCUGUCCCGUUGAGUAGACUUCACAUUGUUUCCAUAACUCUGCUUUUCCUUGGUAUACCUGUGGCUUAGAGGACUGGAAACUGAAAGGUCAGACAUGCUUAACUCAUGUGGACCGAAGCAAAAACUAGAGACUGACACCCAACUGGCGACUCUUGCAGCUGAAGAUCCCUUCUGCUGUAGCUGCCUUUCACCAUUCAACCUCUGGAUGACUAAACUAAACAGUUCACUUUGAUGACACUCUCCCACUGCAUAACAGGAUGCGGAGAUUCCUGCCACCCUUCCAUAGCCAGGGAUUCAGAUCAGAAAAGCAUCUCCAUAAAAUAAAAACAACCAUAAUUUAGUUUGCAAGAGAGGUGGACAUCUCUUUUAGGCAUGAGUCACUGUAGAGGUUAUCACACGCACAGGAGAGUAACACCAGGGCUGUGUGUAUGACAACAAUGAAGUUUCUUGCCCCAGGGGACAUGGACAGACCCACCAGAAGCAGCACAUGGACGCUGGCAGUGGCUGAGCCGAUCAGACAAGUGGUGAGGGUGCUCAGUUAAGUUCAUCACCUCCACUUGCAUCAAGUUCCUCGCUGCACUACCACAUUCUGAAGAGGCUCUUUUCAAGUCACCCACCUGGCAGUUGCUCAUGCUUAACAAAUUAAAGCCACCGCUUUGUGACCUGGCAGCACACAGAACAGGGAAUGUGCUGCAAAGGAGGGGACACAGCGCACAGCAUACCCACCUGGAAAAAUUGAACAAAUCAGACCAGCUGAGACUGCCUCCAUCCAGUAUUUCUGGAGAAAGUUAAUGAUGAAACAGUGGCUGACCUAGAAAAUAUUCACUCAUUACCAUUAGCUACAAUACCAAAGGUAGCAAAUACAUCAUUUUCAAGAAAGGCAAUAACGGGGACUGUCACUUAUUGUGUCCUACUUCAGACACUAGAGAACUUAGUUGAAACAAUCAUUAAAAAUCGGGUUUAUAAAGAAAUACUACCUAGCUGACAAGGGUGCGACAAGCAGAACCCAGAAUGGCUUUUAAAUGAAAUGGACCAUUGAUCUGGUCUGGUUUUGCAACUCAUUAGUGGUCCAUUUACACUAAGCUAGUUAGUGCUGCAGCAGUCAUGCACAAAUAUAUCACUUUGUUUUAUAAAGGCAAAGCAAAAGAUCAGAACCAUUAGCUAUGCCACUGACUCUGCUGAGGGUGCUGGGAAACCUUUGGUUACCAAAAAAAGCAGCCAGUUGACUUGGACAGAUGCAGAAAAGGGCAGCUUUCAGGAACAGAGGUCCUCUACAACCUACGUGGUUCUUCCAAUAUGAAUGCCACUCGCUAGGGUUUCAGCGAAGCUCAUGGCAUUGCCUUACUGUCUGUCCACAGUGCUACUACUGUUAGCUCAUUUAUCUUCACAGCAAAUGAGAUUAGGUUCCAGUUGGUUUAGGAAAAGAUGGUUGUUGGGAUAUUAGACUACAGGCUGUAUAUGGAUAGCUUAAAUCAUAAUUCCCUGGCUGUGAUGAGUUCCUUGCCUUGAUCAACAAAAAUAAACUCAAGGGAUCUUCACAGGCUCUGGUGUCUUGAGCACAAGAAUUAAGCCCGAACCCAGCCUUCAGUUCCUUGUUCAAAGCUUGAUUUCUUCCUGCUGAAGCAUGUGUGCACCUUUUUUUGUGUGUGUGUAUGUGUGUUUUUUUCUUUUCUGUGAAGAUUCUGUCUGUUCAAUUCCUCUCCUUGAUCACCUCCAAACAACCCCCUGCCUCUCUGCUUUACAAGUUAAACUUCAUCUGAGUUGCAGACCAAUUCUAUCAUUUUGGGAUGAACAUUAAUCUUAGUAAUAGUUCCUCAUGUGAAAACAAGCUCCUCCAUCUCUUCUAGUUCCCGGGCUGUAUUUGUAUUGAAAAUAUAGUAUGUGCACACUUUCUGAUGGAGGCCCCACACUGACCAUCUGCAUGUCCCUUGCCCCCAAGUAAAUUGCCAUCUGGGAGCAUUCAGCACCCUAAUGCUCAACAUAAGGCCAUUUCUGGAAGCAUUUGAGCUCUGGACACAGAGAACAUCACCUUCUUCUUUGAUGAACAGAGUUCCAGUAGCCGUAUGUGAGAUGUCCGCGAGAUGUAUAGCGCAAUUCCAGAAAACCAUGAACUGUAAAGACCCAAAGUUUCAGAGGGGAAUUUAUUGUAUGGGAGCAUAUUCAAUAUCUUUCGUCAACCGUUCAUGAGAAUAAUCAAAAAUAGAAGCUUUUUUAAAUGACAAAAUAUAGUUACACAUAGUACAGAUUUUCAUUCUGCAUUGAAGCAGAGCAGUAAUCAAAUGCUCAUUUAUGUUUUCACAGUUAAUUGGCAUUGCUUCUCAAUGUUAAAGCUUCAGCAACUCAAAUCUUCCAGUUAGAGACCCGUUAGUAGUUUCACUGGGUGACCAUAUUUGUGAAGGUGAAUGUUGUUCUCUGCAUUUUGAUACCCUCUACUAAAUACAGUGGGCAUACUUGAAUCAUCUCAGAACCCUCUGCCCAUCUCAGAACUCUGAAUUUUCAGAGGUAACUUCAGAGGUACCGGCUAUGCUUGAAAUGAGACAUCUUUGCUCAUUUUUUCUAUCAGGUUUUUCUAUCAGAACACACUUUUAGGCCCAGUUCAGAAACACAUCUAUGGAAUACUCAAGAAUGUGGUCAAGCCAUACUUGGUUGAAAGGGCCCCAAACUGAUCCUUUACAACCACAUCUACUUGCUGUGUCCCUCAUAAGCACUGCACACUAGUACAAUGCAUUAGCCAGUAUUUGGUCACACAUGUAAGUUGCUUGCAAGAUGGCAAAGGAUUUGAACAUUCUUCAGCACUCCAUUUACUCAAGGCCUAAAAGCAUUCACUGCAUGCAUGUAUUUAUGUAUAUACCACACACACAUACCCUCAACCAUUCCCACAACAUUAUUGCAACAAUUCUUUGCUGGUAUAACAAUUUAUAUACCAAGUUUCACUUCUUUAGCUUUAUAUAAACAUAGAAAAUAUGUCUGAAGAGAGCUAGAACAGCUUUCAAUUAGUCACUAUAUUGGCAUUGAAAGCUUUAUUUUGAAAACUUUAAGCAGCAAUACUGAAUAAAUAGACAGAAUGAUUGUUUUGUCAUCUCCAUACAACUGAUGGCCUUCAUCCAAAACAUUAAAAUACUGUAGCAAAUAGAAUAAACAUGCAUGUUUCAAUGUUCUAAAAAAAAAAAAAGGUGUAAUAUAAAAGUAACACUUUAACACUUAUUUUAAUACAGUACAGACUAUUAGAGACUAUUUUCUGGAAGAAAUAUCUGAAUACAGUUUUGUUAUUUACAUGGAUCAUUAAGGCCCAAUUCACUCAAGUUAAUGCACAUCAGGAAUUUAUAUGCUUCAAGAUAACUCACUAAAAAUGACAAGAUCAAUAUUUUGCUCAUACUCAUAUGAUCCCAGUUCACUAAAAUAAUGCAAUACUCUUCACGCUAAAAAGAAGGCAAUUAGUGCCCCAAGAGGAGACUUAUUUCACUAAACAAUCUUUUCCCUCUUACUUCACAAUGAAAGCAUGUUUGCAUAUUGCUAAUGCUAGUGAUAGGUCUCUUGCUGAAGAACUUCCUUCCAGCUUGCUAGGUUUUAGAAAAGCAAGUAAUCUCAAAGCUAACACAGCAUUUUCAGAAGCAAUUCAGGCACUUGGGAACCUAAGUCCCCACUGAAAGGUAAUGGGAGGAAGGUUCCUGGCUCACUUUUCAAAGUGGGACUUGCAUUUCUACAUUGCUUGGGCAUUUAGAAUGUUUACCUCAGCCUUACUCUAUGGGCUUGCCAAACAGUCACUCUCCCCCUUUUCCCCCAACAACAUAGCAUCACCAGCAAAAAUAAACUGUAUCCUCAUGGAUGAGAGAGGUAACACAGUUAAUUAUCAUUAGUAAUAAAUUACAGGAGUUCUCCAUAUAAAUUCCCUGUGCACUGGAAAAUAGUGCUUGUGUAUUCAACUAUUUAAAGCAAACAAACAAAAAAACUAUCAUGCUGGCCAGUACAUAAUAUGGCACUUGUUAGAAUUAGCAUGUGUAGCUUCCUUUUUGCUAAUGCCCCAUGAGGAGGUUUGAAACACUUCCGAAAAUGAAAUUUUCUAUUUUUGUAAAGAAAGAGUGAGGUUCUGUAGUUGAUCAGAAGCAAAACUUUUACCACCGUAAUGUGAGGAAAUUUUAUAACUGUAAUACAUUGUUCAAUUCACAUUUAAUGCAAGCGCAUGCCACUUCUUUUUGGUUUAUUUACAGAGAGGGUGCAAAUGCUACAAACUUUAACCUGGGUGAAAUUUAAUAAGCAACAGAAGGGGGGGAGGGGGGGCGUGAAUUUGUCACUUUCCCACAAAUGGCAGGUUCAGAUGCCUCUCCUUACCCACAACAACAGUGGUUGAAACUGUAAACGUUUUCUAGAUCACCUUGACAUAUGCUAAAGCCCUGAUAAGGACGGUCCACUCAAUGAUGCAGUGGUCACUCCUGAGCCAGUUCCAGGCUGGCUCUUCUGUCAAACGGCUGCUGCAAUCAGCAGAUACCUUUAAAAACAAACAAACAACCAACCUUGAAUGGGAAAAUCCUUCCUAGGUUCUAUUAUGAAGCCAUAACUCAAGCCCUCCAAAGCUGCUCCUCCCCUUCCUUUUAAUCCUUUUCCUCUUCUCUCCAACCUAAAGAACAACCUGGCAGAUGAAGAGCAGUUUUUAUGAUCCAAGAGUUCAAUUUACUUCAAACUGGUAUCUGUGGGAGAUGGACCGGUCACUUACAGUAUGACACAAGCACUAGCUGGGUAAGUAUGCUAAUCUGCCUUAAAAUUGCUUCAUCUCAGUACAAGGCUGAGAUUGCAACAGGCUUUUCCUUGUGUCCCCCUGUGCCCCCAUGCAGCAUAAUUUGGGCCAGACUUUGCAAGGUGCUGAGUGCCUCAGUUCUCUAAUGUCAAGAGGAGGUGCUGAAGAUGCAAGAUAUCCACUGGAGAGGGCCAUUUUAUUUCUGUAAAUUGAACCCAGAAUGUAAGGCAUAUAUACUCAAGUACCUUGGACAGAUAUUGUCCCCAAACUAUGUAUAUUUUACACUUUUUUAAUAUAUAUAUAUAUUUAUAUAUAUAUACACAUUCUCUUUUUAAUACAAAGUUAUGGGCACAGUAAACAUGAGCACAGAAUUGUGAUAAACUAACAGUAAAAUCUGUGAGCACUGCAAAGAUCACUCGGGUAGGAACAUCUUUUUCCAGUUACUCACAAGGAAAAAAAAAAGACCGAUAAUUUAACCAUUAAAAAUUCAGAGUCCAUUUGGAAAGGUCCUUUAUAUAAUCACAGCCUUAUCUGUUGCUGUUAGUCUAAAUACAGCAGCAUUUUUAGAAUAUAUGAUGCCAUUAAUAAGUGGAAAGGAAAAAAUGCGUUAAACACUCAGGAGUCCUUCAUCUACUAUAUCUUAUAAAGCUUCCAUUUGUCACUAUGACUAGGACGUUCCUUUUUUUUGUUUUGUUUCUUUUUAAAAAAAAAAAGUUCCUUUUUUAAAGUUCCUUUUUUUUU